AUCUCCAACAUCUGGAAGAAGGGGGUUCCAUACUGCCAUUGGAUUCCUAUCGUUUGCCAACAUUUGAUCGCAAAAGGGCAAGUGAAGAAGAGAUGCAUAGCUGUUUCUUCUCUUUGCGAGACAGAGGGAGGUGAAAGUGGCUGGUCAUGUCAGUGAUUGAUAGAAAGGCAGCCACUGAAAUUUUUUGAUUCUUAGCAAAGGAGAAUAGCCUUGGCAGUUUUUCUUGGGGAUAGUGUCCAUUCCAUACAUCUAACCAAAACAACACAGAUGUGCCAUUCCCUACAGCACGGCUAGCCACACUGUGAUCUCACAGAGGAUUUCCCAUACAGCACAAGCUGUGUGGGAAAAUUCUGAAGAAGCUCAUGGAUCACAAAGGUGGUUGGCUUUUCCACAAACCAGUUGACCCUGUUCUUUAUGGGAUUCCUGAUUACUUUGAUGUUAUCCGUAAUCCAAUGGACUUGGGUACUGUUCAGAUGAAACUCUCAAACAAGCAAUAUGUUACGGCUAGUGAGUUUGCUGCAGACAUGCGGCUUACAUUCGCAAAUGCAAUGAAGUAUAAUCCUCCAGGAAAUCAUGUCCAUGCAGUUGCUGAACAGUUAAAUAGAAUAUUUGACUCGGAAUGGCGAUCAGUGAUAAGAAAAUGGAAUGUCAGAAACUCAGUACAAGAGCAGAAACCGAUGAAGGCAACAAAGCCUCAAGCUGCCAUGAAAUCAAAGUCUUUGAUUACUGGAGGGCUGGUCGCAUGCUCAAAUUCACUGGCAAAGGAGCCAUCAAUAAAUGCAAUAUCCUCGAAUGUAAAAAUAAAAUUUUUUGUCCGAGGCUCUGAGAAUACCUCCCUCAAAGCUGGUAGCCAAGAGCGUUCAAUAGAUAAUUCACUUGCUUCAACCAAGGAGAAUGAUAAAAUAUCAAGAAUACAAUCAAAUGAGAUCAGGGUUUUAUCAAAUGGAAAUGAGUCAGUGUCUUGCAAUUCUCUUGCUUCCUCUGAACAAGGGGAGGAAAGUUAUGCACACCUUGAACCUUUGUCACCAAGUAAGGCCCUCCGUAUAGCAAUGCUCAAGAGUCGUUUUGCUGGAACAAUCGUGAAGGCACAGCAAAAUGCACUUCUGGAUCAUGGGAAGGAAGUAGACAUUGCAAAGUUGCAGUUGGAAAAAGAGAGACUGGAAAAAAGGCAGCAAGAAGAGAAAGCAAGAAUUGAGGCCCAGGUAAAGGCUGCUGAAGCUGCUGCGCAAUUAAUGCUAGAGGAAGAAAUGAGGACAAAGCGCGAGAAGGAAAGAAAGGCCGCACGAUUGGCACUGCACAUGAUGAAGAAGACUGUUGAUAUUGAUAAUAGUGACUUUCUGAAGGACCUGGAGAACUUGUGCCAAAAGUGGCAAUUGAAUCCUCCGAGCAAAUUGAUCGUAGAUUUUGUCCAUGGGAUUGAGUUGCCAGAGGGCCUAGGGAGCCCACUGGAGGCACUUGGCCUAUUCAUCAAGAAUGAUCUUGAGGAAGAGGUUGAACAUGAAAUGGAGGACAGUGUGUCAACCUCCCUGAACGCUGAUGUUGAGGAAGGAGAGAUCAGCUGCUCUCAAUAGCAUACCUCUCAGACUGUGAAUCUGGAAUUGUUGGAUUAUGUGUGUGCUAUGUAAUCUAUUCCGCCUUCAUGCAACCUCAUAAGCAGAGUAAAACUAGUGUCAAUUCAUGUGGUCUGCUGUGUCAUCUAAUCUAGUUGCCCCAGAAUGUCUCUGCCGUAUGCUGGAGUAGAAUAAUAUUGGCAUGACCAUCACUUUUGUGGUUGUCAUGCGCCAAUGUAUGUUAUAGGUAGUCAUAGGCUAUUCAGACAAGCUACUGAUUGGACUUUCUAUAAAAAAUAAAAAAGAAUAGUGUCAGUUAUAUUGUA